AUGCCGCUCAGCCGCCAUAGCAGCCGCCGCGUCUCAGCCGCCGCCGCAGCCGCACCGCCGCCGCUCAGUCGCCACCGCAGCCGCAGUAGCAGCCGCAGCAGGCGCAGCAGCAACCGCCACUCAGCCGCCGUAGCCGCCGCAGUAGCAGCCGCAGCCGGCGCAGCCGCCGCCACUCAGCCGCCGCAGCCGCUGCCGGCGCAGUCGCCGCCACAGCCGCCGCCUCAGACGCCGCUCAGCCGCCAUAGCAGCCGCCGCCUCUCAGCCGCCGCCGCAGCCGCACCACAGCCGGCGCAGCCGCCGCCGCCCCAGCAGGCGCAGCAGCAGCCGCCGCCUCGGCCCGGAAGCGAUGUAGCCGCGCCCGGCCCGAGCCCCCGCGGGCCGCCGCUGCCGCUGCCGUUGAACCGCACGAAGCAGCUCGCCAACCAGACCGUGGGCAGAUUGGCAGAGGAUUUCACGGACUCCACAGACCUCUUCAAGCCCACGGCCAAGAACCCCGGGCUAGUUCCUGGAGAGAUGUGUAGUCACGGCCCCCACGCUAGAAACACAUCUGUGGAGAAGCACUGUUUACAGGUGUCUACCUCCCGUGUAGGUGGGUGGUGUUCCGCUGUUCUCCAGAACACACACUUGACGUCUGUGAGAGCUUUCCCCAGAAAAGCUGAGAUGGGAUAUUCUCCACGAUGAGAUCUGGCGAUCACAUGAAAUUACUUUCCCUGAAUAAUCGGCUUCUUUUGAUAGUUAGUCCGUUCCAUAAUGUUUUCAGAGCUUUUAGGUGAGGGCUUAAGAAAACGAAGACUCCUGUGGGGCAGCUGGAGUCUAGCAAAGAGUAACUGGACUUGAGUCCGUGUGGUGCCCCAGCUCUCUGUCUGACCUUGGCCGCCUGAGCCUCCCAGCUGCGCUCCCACGCUGGUGAGACGGGGCUCCUGCUACCACCUGGGAACCGGCCCUGGGAGAUUUAAGAAGGCGGCAUGAGGUAAGGAGGCGUCAGAAGACAGGGCGGAAACAGUAUGAAACAACAGGUUAGCACUGGAAAAAGUAGGCGGGUUAGAUUGUACCUCACCGUUAGGGGCCAAAGUCGAUUCCAAAUGGAUGAAGAGUUUCAAGUGAAAACCCAGAACCACAGAACGGAGGAAAAGAUGGAAAGUUCUUCACGCUGUGGCAUAAGAGUAUAGAGAAUGAACAAUAAAAGAUAACCACGCAAAUAAAACCGCCAUUAUAAACUUAACCACACAAGAAUUAAACUUCUGUCUGCCUAUCUCAUAAUUACAAUUAUGGCCAAUGACUAGGUGGAAACAGGAGCAGCCACAACGGAGCAUUAAGAUCUUUAAUGUAUAAAGCUGUGUUAUCGAUCAGUUGAAAGAAGUGCACGACGGGGGCACCCGGGUGGCUCAGUUGGUCGAGCGUCUGACUCUUGAUUUCAGCUCAGGUCCUGAUCCCAAGGUCAUGGGAUCAAGUCCCAUGUUGGGCCCCACACUGAGCAUGGAACCUGCUUAAGAUUCCCUCCCUCCCUCUCUCUCUCUCUCUCUCUCUCUCUCUCUUCCUCUUCCUC